CGGCUGGCGCCGGGAGAAGCUGACAGGGCCGCAGCGGCUACCCCCCGCCUCCCUUAGUCGGAACGUGCCUGAGCUGCUGCAGCAGCUGGCGCCCGACAGCGCUCGGCAGAGAGGGCUGGGGGCGGGAGAUGACGGUGGUUUCCUCUCUGCUUGGCCCUCUGCGAGCACCGACUCCUUGCGGCCCCAGGGCUGCAGACGAAGCAGAGAUCUGGUUGGAGUUGGAGGGUGAGAGAAAAUGAAUUCUUUUUCUAAUUCACCAGCAGAGAACUUAACCAUUGCUGUCAAUAUGACGAAGACUUUGCCUACAGCUGUAACUCAUGGAUUUAAUUCCACUAAUGACCCACCUUCAAUGUCAAUAACAAGGCUUUUUCCAGCCUUACUAGAAUGCUUUGGCAUAGUCCUUUGUGGUUACAUAGCAGGAAGGGCCAAUGUCAUAACAUCAACACAGGCCAAAGGACUGGGAAAUUUUGUCUCCAGAUUUGCACUUCCAGCUUUAUUAUUUAAAAACAUGGUUGUACUUAAUUUUUCCAAUGUGGAUUGGUCUUUCCUAUAUAGUAUCUUAAUUGCCAAAGCUUCUGUAUUUUUCAUUGUCUGUGUAUUAACCUUAUUGGUUGCCAGUCCUGAUAGUCGAUUUAGCAAAGCUGGACUAUUCCCUAUUUUUGCUACACAGAGUAAUGACUUUGCAUUGGGAUACCCUAUAGUUGAAGCUUUAUAUCAAACUACAUACCCAGAAUAUCUCCAGUACAUUUACUUGGUGGCACCGAUAUCUCUUAUGAUGUUAAACCCUAUCGGGUUUAUCUUUUGUGAAAUCCAGAAGUGGAAAGACUCUCAAAAUGCUUCUCAAAACAAAGUAAAAAUUGUGGGACUUGGACUUCUGCGUGUAUUACAGAACCCAAUUGUGUUUAUGGUUUUUGUUGGCAUUGCCUUCAAUUUUAUUCUUGAUCGAAAGGUGCCUGUAUAUAUAGAAAAUUUUCUUGAUGGACUUGCCAAUUCUUUUUCUGGUUCAGCCCUCUUUUAUCUUGGUCUAACAAUGGUAGGAAAAAUAAAGAGACUGAAGAAGUCAGCUUUUGUUGUACUAAUUCUUCUCAUCACAGCAAAACUGCUGGUACUUCCACUUCUAUGCAGAGAGAUGGUGGAACUCUUGGACAAGGGCAACAGUGUAGUGAACCAUACAAGUUUAUCGAAUUACGCAUUUUUGUAUGGUGUCUUUCCAGUAGCACCAGGCGUGGCUAUCUUUGCAACACAGUUCAACAUGGAAGUGGAAAUUAUAACCUCAGGGAUGGUAAUAAGCACGUUUGUGUCUGCUCCAAUCAUGUACGUGUCUGCCUGGUUACUGACCUUUCCCACUAUGGACCCCAAGCCAUUGGCAUAUGCCAUCCAGAACGUUAGUUUUGAUAUAAGUAUUAUCAGUCUGAUCUCCUUGAUCUGGUCUCUGGCUAUUCUUCUUUUGAGUAAGAAAUACAAACAGCUUCCUCAUAUGCUUACAACUAAUUUACUCAUUGCUCAGUCUAUUGUCUGUGCUGGAAUGAUGAUAUGGAAUUUUGUUAAAGAAAAAAAUUUUGUUGGACAAAUUUUGGUGUUUGUUCUAUUGUACAGCUCCCUCUAUAGCACCUACCUGUGGACAGGCCUUCUAGCAAUUUCUCUGUUUCUUUUGAAGAAGCGAGAGAGAGUACAAAUUCCUGUUGGAAUCAUCAUCAUAUCUGGCUGGGGAAUUCCUGCUCUCCUCGUUGGUGUUCUUUUGAUAACUGGGAAACAUAAUGGAGACAGCAUUGACUCAGCCUUCUUUUAUGGAAAAGAGCAGAUGAUCACCACAGCAGUCACCCUGUUCUGCAGCAUUCUGAUAGCUGGCAUAUCACUCAUGUGCAUGAAUCGUACCACCCAAGCAGGAAGCUAUGAAGGUUUCGACCAGACUCAGAGCCACAAAGCAGUGGAGCCUGAAAACACUGCCUUUGAGGAGAGUCCAGCACCAUCAAAUGAACCAGAACUUUUUACAAGUUCUAUCCCAGAAACAAGUUGCUGCUCUUGCUCCUUGGGAAAUGGUGAAUUACACUGCUCGUCAAUAGAGCCGGUAGCAAACCCAAGCACCAGCAGGCCUGCGACGCCAUCAUUUGAAAAAAAUGAUCACUGUGUGAGUCGCUGUAACUCCCAGAGCUGCAUAUUAGCCCAGGAGGAAGAACAGUAUCUACAGAGUGGAGACCCACAGCUGACCCGGCACGUGCUGCUGUGUUUACUUCUCAUCAUUGGCCUGUUUGCUAACCUUUCCAGUUGUUUAUGGUGGCUAUUCAACCAAGAGCCUGGAAGACUGUAUGUUGAGUUACAGUUUUUCUGUGCUGUGUUUAACUUUGGCCAGGGAUUUAUUUCUUUUGGAAUCUUUGGAUUAGAUAAACAUUUAAUCAUCCUGCCUUUCAAAAGAAGACUUGAAUUCCUAUGGAAUAAUAAAGAAACAGCAGAAAACAGGGAUUCUCCUGUUUCUGAGGAAAUAAAAAUGACCUGUCAACAAUUUAUCCAUUAUCACCGUGACCUCUGUAUCCGAAACAUUGUCAAGGAAAGAAGGUGUGGUGCCAAUACUUCUGCGGGGACCUUCUGUGGCUGCGACCUGGUGAACUGGCUGAUUGAAGUUGGCCUUGCCUCCGACCGUGGGGAAGCUGUGAUCUACGGAGACAGGCUGGUGCAAGGGGGAGUCAUCCAGCAUAUUACCAACGAGUAUGAAUUUCGGGAUGAGUACUUGUUUUACAGAUUUCUUCAGAAGAGUCCUGACCAGAGCCCUCCUGCUAUGAUUGUAAGCACCCCCCAACAGGAGAGGUAUAAAGAAAUUGAGCAUUCAUCCCCAUCCUCACUCUCCUCUAAGACCUAAAUGAUGAAGGGGAGAAUCCCACCUGGAAUUAUAUUCUUGUCCCAGAUUUGUUACUUUUUAGCUGUGUGACCUUGGGCAAGUUACAACCUCUCUGAACCUCAGUUGCCUCUUCUGUAAACUUUGUCAAGAUGUGUCCCCACCCCAUGUUAACAGUCUGUGAUUUUGUGUAUGUAAAAUACAUAGGAAACUGACUUAGGAAAGACAGAAAGUCACGUCAAAAUAUAAGUUCUGAUAAUGAAUAUAAUAAUUAUAGUCAUCCCUCAGUAUCCACAGGGAAUUGGUUCCAGGACUCCCAGAGAUACCAAAAUCCAAGGGCGCUGAAGUCCCUAAUGUUGAAUGGUAUAGUGUUUGCACAUAACCUAUGCACAUCCUCCCAUACACUUUAAAUCAUCUUUAGAUUGCUUAUAAUGCCUACUGCACUGUAAAUGUUAUGUAAAUAGUUGUUGCAAUGUACUGUUUCAGGAAUAAUCACAUGCAAAAAGCCUGCACAUGUUCACAACAGAUGCAACCGUCAUAGUCCUAACUAUAUUUGUGAUCCACAGUUGGUUGAAUCUGUGGAUGUGGAACCCACGCAUGUGGAGGGUUGACCGUACCAUAAAUAAUACUAAUAUGCCAUCAUUGCAUAAUCAUUGCUUUCUGCAGAAGUUUGUUUACUGUCAUUUCAAAACUGGCAUCCUAUUAACUGUUCCUCUAAUUUGCCAAAUUUGGCAUAUGUGUAGCAGUUAGGAAAUGGACCUUAAGUUAUGAAGUUAUGACAACUUUAUAUUUAUUGAUAGGACCUCUUGGAAAAGAAUUUUCCUGAUUCUAAUAAGAGGUCCUUAUUCUUUUUUAUUUUUCCAUUUCCUUGACAGAUAGUACUCAUUUAAAAACUAGAAGCACUUUUUUUGUUUUUUGAGCUGGUCUCACUCUGUUCCCCAGG